AAAUAUUAAGUUACUUUUUAAGAAAGAUUUAUAUGAUUUUUUUACAAUUAUAUAUUUGCUAUGUUAAAUGGAACACAGAGAUAUGCUGCUGUUAAUAUAAAAAAACCUUCAAAUAAGUUAAAGCCGGGAAAUGUUUUUGUAUCAACAGAGGAAGCAUCAAGUUCACAAGUCCCAGCAAGAAAAAAAACCCAAUGGCCUGAUUCAUUGAAAGAAUUUGUUGGAAGAUGUUUUGAAAAUUGUUCUGAUAAAGAUAGACCUUCUAUAGAAAAGGAACUUAAAGAGAUUAUUACUAAAGCUUUUGAAGAUGAUACAGUUUUUUCUAUUGAUUGGGAUAAAAUUGAAUUAAAGACUCUUAAAAAACAAAGGAAAUAUUCUAAGGAAAAUCUUCAAAGUAAUAGAAUGAAUAAAGUAAAAACUGAACUGUCUGAUCUUAAUACUUUUAGAAUAUCAGAAGAUGAACAUCAGAAAAAUAAGAGAAUUAAAAGAUUCGAGAAGACAAAUACAGUUAAAUCUUCUGAUGAAAUAUUAAAUGUUGACACAAGUUUUAAUCGCUUAGAUGUAAUUGAUUGGGAUGAGCAUACUAUAGUUGGAAGAUCUCAACAGUUAGAAAAGAAAUAUUUGCGUCUUACUUCAGCUCCUGAUCCAGAAACAGUUCGACCUUUAUCUGUAUUAAAAAAGACGUUAGAAUUUUUAAAAGCUAAAUGGAAAGAAGAAAAUAAUUAUAUUUAUAUAUGUGAUCAGUUUAAAUCAUUGAGACAGGAUCUUACUGUUCAGAGAAUCAAAAAUGAUUUUACUGUAAUGGUAUACGAAAUUCAUGCUCGGAUAGCUCUUGAGAAGGGUGAUUUGGGAGAAUAUAAUCAAUGUCAAACACAACUUUUUUCAUUAUAUAAUUAUAAUCUUCCUGGUCAUCCUGAUGAAUUUUUAGCUUAUCGUAUUUUUUAUCUUUUACAUACACGAAAUAAAUCGGAUAUUCAUGAAGUACUCUUGAAACUUACUGAGGAAGAAAAGAAAAAUAAAGCCAUAAAGCAUGCUUUGGAUGUAAGGGCUGCACUUGUAAUGUCUAAUUAUCAUUCGUUAUUUAAAUUAUAUUUGGAUGCACCAAAUAUGGGAGGUUAUUUGAUGGAUUGUUUUGUUGAAAGAGAAAGGGUUAUUGCUUCGUGUAGGAUGUUUAAAGCAUAUCGACCGAGUUUAAGUUUGAAAUUUUUAUGUCAAGAAUUAUCAUUUGAAAGUGAAUCAGAAUGUUUCGAGUUUUUGAUGGCACGAAGUAGUAAAGAUAUUUUUAUACAAGAUGAGAAAAGUAAAUCUUUACAUAUUAAUACUAAAGAUGCUUUUGAAUAUUUUGAACAGGCUAGAUUAAAAGACAAAGUUAUUGAUAUUAAAGGCCAAUUAUGA